GAAACGGCGUGAGCUGAGGGCCGAACGGCGCAUCAUAGUGAGCUGAGUGGGCUGGUUGACCGACAUCAGAAGUCGCUUUGGCAGAUCACUCAUCAGCCGCAGCGCAGUAGAGGUGAGCUCCUCCAAAACGAGAGAGAAGAUCUGAUGCGACGCGAUGCGUCACUGUGGAUGGGCGGCGGCAUGUGUGUGUGUGUGUGUGUGCAGGAGGGCCAUGAGUGACCGUGUUGUCGGACUGCUGGACGGCCAUUUCGUCUAUGCUGAUGGCCAUGGCGGCUAUGCUGUGAAGGUUGAGGGCGAGCGGGUGGCCAUCGACCCGUCAUUCAACAGAGAUAUCAAGUAGCACAAACACCAGCAGUGAGCGACCGAGCCGCACUCAGCCGUGUUGAGCAUUUCUGAUUUGGUGUGCCAUUCUGUGUGUCAGGCCAUCUGUCGCUGGUGCCAAGCGCCGCCGUCAGGACGAUCACAACGGGCCACAGCAGCCGGCAGCAGCAGCAGCGGCGGCGGCCAGUGAUAGCAACGGCAUCACCAUCCCUGAGGGCUUUGUGCGCCUCCCCACUGGCGCGUAUCACAAGGUGGUAGAGGAGGGCACCGGCAGAGUGCCGACCCUCAAUGACCGCGUCAAGUUCGACUGGAUUGCGUGGCGCGACGCAUUCGACGGCCAGAACAAAGCAUUCGAUGAUCGUGGGUGGGUGAUUCGUGUGUCUGAUUGGGCUGAGUGGUUUCGUGAGGCGAUGCUGUCGAUGAGGGAGGGGGAGGUGAGGCGGAUCCGCCUGCCAGACGUUGAUAUCCGCUACCGUCAGCUGCGGUUGAUCAGCAUAGAGUAGGAGAGAGAGAGUGCACACACACACUCGUGUGUGUGGCCGGGGGCUCUUCACUCGUCGCCUGGCUGACUGUGUGCCUCGGUGUUGAGCGAUGGAGUGAGCGUAUCGUCAUGGCUGUCUGUAAGAUCUGUCUGCGAUGAGUUUAGAAGCGAGUGAGCCGACGAGUUGCUUAUCGGUCGGCCACUCACAACCUCUCUCGCUCUGUGUGUGUGUGUCUGUCUGUCUGUCUGUCUGAUUGGUCUUCUUUUUGUCUGCUUGUUCGUCAAGUGAUCUCUUCGUCCGCUGUGUGUGUGUGUGUCUGUGUCUGUCUCUACGCGUCUGUUUAUAUGGAGGUUGGAGUGUGGGGCGGUCAAUUGAGCACCGGCGGGUCAGUCAGUCAGUCAGUCAGUCAGUCAGAUAAACGGCCUCUCCUCUCUUUCUCUACGCCCUGACAGAUAGACAGACAGACAGCCAUACAAAGAGACCUGUUGUGUUUGUUUGUCUGCAUAUGGCGGCCGCCCGACUGAUAGACAGACAGCCGAGUGGCCCUACCUCUGUCUGUCUGUGUGCCUUUCCUUUGCACCGGUCGGCUGUGUCGACGGCCGACAUGGUGUGUGCAGCCGCUGACUGACUGAAUGGAUAGCUGGCCAGCGAGAGGAACGGACGGAGGCACACACGACAGAGCAGCCGAGGGAUUCAGACAGCCUGAAAUGUGAGAUACCCUUUUGAGCAGCCGGCCAUUCUGAUAUGAUGUUCGUUGGUGCUGCUGGACAGACAGACAGACAGCGGUGGAUGGCUAGAUGGUCCCUUCUCGGCAGCAGACUGCUUAGCUAGGGCGAGUGCCCUCUGG